AUGAAGCGACGCUUGAGCAGCGACUUGCCGCCUGCACAGCAGCCAGACAGCGACGUGCACUCGACAGUGGCAGCGCUCGUGGCUCAGCAAGUUGCAGCGGCACUGCUGUCUCCUCUCAACAGCAGCAACAGCUCCGUGCGCUUCGGCCGCGUGGCCUUUGCCGACAACGAGCAGCACAACGUGAACGCGUUUUUGCACCAGAAGCUCGGCAAGGACAGUCUCGCGCGUCGGCCGGGCCCGGGAGGCCGGAAGCUGACGUACAUUGAGAGCUGCAAGGCCAUUGAAUUGGCCAAUCGCGCGUUCGGGUUCAACGGCUGGUCGUGCCACAUUGUCGAGUGCAAGGAAGAGUUUAAGGAAAAAAAAGGGGACCGCUGGAGCAUUGCCUACAGUUCGCUAGUGCGGAUUGAGUUGAAGGAUGGCACAAGUCAUGAAGACGUGGGGUUUGGUGCGUCAGACGGACAGAAAGACUUGGGUGCGGCCUUGGAGCAGGCCAAGAAGGCUAGUGUGUCGGACGCUAGGAAGAGAGCGCUGAGGCUCUUUGGAGAGUAUCUGGGUAACUCGUGCUACGACAGGGAGCAUAUCAAGGACGUGCACUCGAAUCGACCCAUGGCACCGCUGGCAGCAGCACCAAGCGUUGUUCUACCGGGACAGCCACAGAAGCAGCCAUCGGUGUUGGAAAGAGGAGGCUCUGUGGGCCCACCGGCAGGAAAUGGACAACCUGCAGUGCACAAUGAACAAGCAAUGAAGCCGCCACCACGAGAAGAGCAUCAGCCACAGGAUUCUCGGCACCAGCAGCCGCAGGCCCAACAGCCUCUUCGUCAGCACGUGCAGCCUCUGCCGUCCGCGCAGCAUCAGCAUCAGCAUCAGCAACAACACCAGCAACAGCACCAUUUGGCUCCGACACUUCAAUCACGUCAGCCAAUGCCGCAGCAUCGGGGACAACCACAGCAACAACAGCAGUGGAAGCCACCUCAAAAGGUACAUACUUCGUCCACCAGUAUCGGGUGUCCGUCCGUGGAGCAGCGAAAUAAGGCUAUUCCAGCGGCCAUUGUACGACCGCCGACAAUGCAGACGACCUCGAGCAACAAGACAAGCAGUGCUUAUGGAUCCUCCAGUGUAACGACUUCGUCGAGUUCAUCUUCGAGCCCGCUUCGUCCGCAGGUGCAGCGAUGGGUCUCGUCGAACGCUCCGCCACCGCCACGUAUGACGAUGUCAAAGAACCCUCGUACAGUCUUCAAAACCGAGCAGCUUCCGACAGCCCAGGAUCAGCAGGAUGCGCGAUACAAUAUUGACGAUCUGAGCCUCUCACAAUUUGAUUACGAUCCUACCGCGGAAAACAGCUCGGCCAAGCGAAUGCGAUCGUAA